AUGCGACGACCGUCGCAAGCGGCGGGGGGGUGGGAAUCGCGAUCCUUGCGGUUGGCGUCGUUGGGAUUGGAGGAUGGGCAUUCGGCAAUUACCAGGCCGGCAGUGGAGCGUCUGGGCAAGGACCUGGAUCUGGAGCCAACUGGUUUGGGUCCGGAGGACCAGGCGCAUCAGGUGCAGGUAGUCAAGGUGGCGGGGGAACAAGUUAUUCCAGAGGAGGAAACCAUGGAGGCCAGUCUGGAGGGCGACAUCAACAGGGCUACUCCUGGUCCUAAUUCGAAUUAUAACGCUGAUUCCACCCCUGGGGGCACUGGCCCCAAAUCGGGAGGUUCUGGAAGUAAACCACAAACUGCGGAGGAUUGGGAGAAGGCUCGGGAGGAGACGAGGCGGAAGGAGGAGCUGCGACGGAAGAUGGAGGAGUUCAAACGGAAACGGGAAGCGGAAUCUCGAGAGAAAGAAAGGCAGCGCGAGCGAGAGAAGAUGGAAAAGGAGCUGCGGGAGCGCAGAGAGCAACUAGAGAGAGAAAUGGCGGCCGCAAGAGAAGCGGCCGCCAGGGAGGCUAAGCUACGAGCAGAGAAAGAAGCGGCGGAGCACCGCGCGAAAUUGGAGAGGGAAACAGCCGAAGCAAAACUCCAGGCGGAGAGAGAAGCCGCCAAAUCUCGGCAAAGGGAAGUAGAAGCUCGUGCACGCGCUGAACGAGAGGCAGCGGAGGCUCGGGCCAAGGCUGCGCGAGAGGAGGCAGAGGCGAAGGCCAGGGCGGAGAAGGAGGCUGCGGAAAAAGAAGCGGCCGCAAAGGCCGCUGCAAAGAAAGAGGCCGAUGCAAAGUUUGCUGCGCUGAAGGAGGCUGCCGCAAAGAAAUAUGCUGAGAAGAAGGCCCGGGACGCGAAAGAGGCGGCCGCGAAGGAUGCCGGAGCAACAGCCUCAAAGGUAUCCAGUGCGUCGGCACCACCACCUCGUACACCGUCCCCCAAGAAGCCGCCAGUGUCUCCCUCAAAGGCCAGCGCUCCUGCGGCAGAUGAUGAUGCAUAUUCAUUCCGACCCUACGACCGACCUAGGCGACCGUACGGAGGUGCUUCUCAAGGUUCAGUAUAUUCGGAAUCUUCCUACGCACCUUCGCAGUCAACAGCACGCACAACCCCACCGCCAUCCCAUAGAGGAACUUAUGAGACUAAGGACCCUGACAAGAUUGUUAUCAGGGGUGUCUACGCCUUCAACCAAGCGUUCCCUCGCACUCCGGUGGCCCAAUUAGUGUCCGGCCAAGGAAUGGUCACGGAUGGGCUAGUCCUCCGCAUUACUACGGAAGGCCUCUUCAUUGACGACGACGUCCGCGGUGUUCCCCAACGCGAAUGGGACGUUAAAGCCUGGACGAUGAAACUCGUCGAGGUAUGGUGUCCACAAGUAGGUCCGCCAAAGCCGAACGCCCAAAAAGCAAACCAGACGUUCUUCCGCCGCAGUACCAACGAUGCACCCUCGCCCGAGGAGUCUGACGCAUACUUGGCCAAUUUCCUCAAAGUCUGCAAGAAUACCUGCCGCCUCGCCUCUCCAGCGUUCCUCAGCCGAAACAGCACAGACAGCAAAGAAGGCCAGCCUUACGGCGGACUCCAUGUCCUCCGUGCUACAAUCCGGGACCAAGAAGGUCGUCGAUACCUCUUCGUUCUCCAGGAAACUGAAGGAUGGAAGGUUGCAUUGGGAUUGCAACGGCUUCGCAAAGGUAGCCAGGUGCGGGCUCUAGGGGUGUGCGGGAUGGCUCUCGCAGAGACAAGGACUGUUCUUUCGGGACUUGGAUAUUGA